AUGGCAACCCAGAUCGAUAAAGAGGCUUGCAGAGAUGCUUACAACGAAGUCAGAGACGAUGCCACCGAGACCAACUGGGCUGCGUUCAAGUACGAAGGCUCCAGGAUCGUGCCCGCAGGACAAGGGACCGACUAUGAGGACUUCAAAGGGCUGUGCACAGAUGAUUCGCGUCUGUUCGGCUUCGUCCGGAUCACGACGGGAGACGCCAUGAGCAAAAGGGCCAAGUUCACCCUCAUCACCUGGAUCGGGGAAAAUAUCAGCGGGCUGCAGCGCGCCAAGAUCAGCACGGACAAGACGCUGGUCAAAGACAUCGUGCAGAACUUUGCCAAGGAGUUCAUGAUCAGCGACCCGCGAGAACUGGACGAGGACUACAUCCGUACGGAGCUGAAGAAGGCGGGCGGCGCCAACUACGACGCUCAGGCCGAGUAG